CAGAUAAUAGUCAUUGUUUUGGGCGCAGAAUAUUCCGAUGGUGUGUGUUAUGGAGAUUUAGGCUGUUUUAACAUAACCGCCGACUUUAAGCACAUACUGUACCGACCUUACAAUGUGCUACCGGAGCCGCCCGACAAAAUACAAACUAAAAUAUAUUUAUACACGAGAUCCCAGCCCCAGAAACCCCUCAGUGUUGCCAACACUUGGAUUGUGGACAGACAUCUCAAUACGAAUAAUAAGCAAAAGUCUGCCCUACUCCCAGGCCGCUGCCAACAGCCGUUUAGUGGGCGCACAGAUAGCUUUACUAAUUAAAAAUCUAAAUAGCACAAAUAAACUUAAAUAUUCGAGUUGUCAUCUGAUUGGACACAGUCUGGGUGGACAUGUGGCCGGUUAUGUGGGCCAUGAUUUAGCCAGUGUAUCACCACAAAAUAAGCUUGGUCGCAUUACUGGCCUUGAUCCCGCUCAACCAUUUUUUCAAAAUAUGCCCAAAUCGGUGCGUUUGGACAGUAAUGAUGCACUUUUUGUCGAUGUUAUACAUACGGACGCCGACCCC